AAGGAGCGGCAAGGAGAGGGAGGUAGGGAGUGCUGAGCUGCGCGCCCAAUCGCCUCCCUUUUCCCGCCGAGACAGCCUCCCCCAAACCAAACCCUAGAGAGAGAGCGCGCGCGAAGCAGGAGGAGAGAGAGAUUGGGGGUGGACGCGGCGGAGGAGGAAUCCAAUCCACCGAUCGAGGAGGAAGAAGGGGAGGAGUUGGAUUGGACGAGACCGAGAUGCGGGGCGGGACGGUGCAGAUCAACUGGCACGACCUGCAGCCGGUGCUCAGCCUCGACUUCCACCCCGCCUCCCACCGCCUCGCCACCGCCGGCGCCGACCACGACGUCAAGAUCUGGGUCAUAUCGUCGGAUGGGGCGGAGAGCAAGCUCCCCACCGCCACCUUUCAGAGCGGCCUCGUCCCCAACGGCACCGCCCACAGCUCCGCGGUCAACGUCAUCCGCUUCUCCCCUUCUGGGGAAUAUCUCGCCUCCGGUGCUGAUGGUGGCGGUAUUAUCCUGUGGAAAUUGCACUCCACUGAGGACGGCGAGGCAUGGAAAAUUCACAAGACGUUACUGUUCCAUCACAAGGAUGUUCUUGACCUACAGUGGUCGCAUGAUAGCGCAUUCCUUGUUUCAGCGUCAGUUGACAACACUUGCAUAAUCUGGGAUGCUAUUAAAGGUACAGUGCAGCAAAAGUUAGAGGGACAUCUACAUUAUGUUCAGGGUGUGGCAUGGGAUCCUCUGGGCCAGUAUGUAGCUUCACUGAGUUCUGACAGAACCUGUAAGAUAUAUGCAAAUAAGCCUCAAGGCAAAUCAAAGAACGCAGAGAAGAUGAACUUUGUUUGUCAGCAUACACUGGUGAAGGUAGAAUAUCCAAGUCAUGAUGAAUCUAAGCCGACUGUUAAAUCUCAUUUGUUUCAUGAUGAGACACUGCCAUCUUUCUUUCGGAGGUUGGCAUGGUCACCUGAUGGAUCUUUCCUAGUACUGCCAGCAGGUCUUUCUAAACACUCCUCUGAAGUGAUUAAUACUGCUUAUAUAAUGUCAAGGCGCGACCUCUCAAGGCCUGCAAUACAACUUCCUGGGGCAAGUAAAGCUAUAGUAGCAGUGCGCUUCUGCCCUGUUCUAUUCACACCACGUGGUUCUAACUCAGAUGGUUUCUUCAAGCUUCCUUAUAGAGUUGUUUUUGCUGUUGCUACUUUGAACUCUCUGUACGUCUAUGAUACUGAAAGUGUUCCUCCAAUUCUAAUACAUGCUGGUCUACACUAUGCUGCCAUUACCGAUAUUGCAUGGUCUUCUGAUGCUAAGUACCUCGCAGUGUCAUCACGAGAUGGCUACUGUACUAUAAUAGAGUUUGAGAAUGAGGAACUGGGACAGCCUCACAUCCUCCCAGGAUCAAAAGAAGUUGCUGAAGGAAAUAUGGCAUGUGAAAAGACGCAUGUAUCUGUAGAUAGCAUGGAGGUUGAUGUUGGUGCCAGCAACCAUAAGAUGGAAGCCAGCCCUGUGGCUCUACGAGUUACGGUGCCACCGAUGUCGGCUGAGAACGUCACGUUGAGGACAUGGGAGCUUGCUGAAGGAAAUGUGACCUGUGAAAACAAGAAGCCAGUAGCAGCAGACAGUAUGGAAGUGGAUGCCAGUGAUAACAAAGUUAAGAUGGUAACCGGUCCUGUGGCUGUCGAAGUGACACCGCCACCAGUGUCGACCAAGAACAGUGCAUCGAGUCCAAGGGAGGUGGUGGUGCGCCGUCUUCCCUGCUGCUGCAGUGCUGGAGGAUUCGCCAACGCUGUCCUGCUUCUUCACCGCCUCUUGGAACUUGAUGUCCUCAUCUAUUGAGAGCUUGACAACGUCGGCACCAUGGGGGCCUGACAUAGUCUCCUUGUGGACAUGGACAUGUUCGCUGUAGUUGAGCACCUCAGCCUUGGUCUCUGUCUUCCUCCCCUUUUUCUUGUGCCAGCAGAAGAACGCGGCGAGGCAUCCCAGCAGCAGCAGGCCACCCAAUGAGACGAACACCACGAUGAUGACGAUAUGGUGCGGAGGGCUAGGCGGAGGGGGCACAGGAGCUGGUGGUGGGUGGAUAUGUGGCGGAGGUGGUGCUAGCGGGCGAGGCGGCGGCGGUGCUUGAGGGUGAGGAGUUGGCGGUGGUCGAAUGGGCGGUGAUGGCGGUGGUGGAGCACGUCGUGGCGGCGGUGGGGGUGACGAGGGUGGAGGCGGAGCGCGACGAGGAGGUGGUGGAGGCAAUGAUGGUGGCGGCGGGGCACGACGAGGUGGCGGCGGGGGUAGAGCGGGCGGCGGUGGAGCACGACGUGGUGGUGGAGGGGGUAGAGUGGGCGGUGGCGGAGCACGGCGUGGAGGCGGAGACUGAGGUGGAGGCGGAGACUGAGGUGGUGGCGGAGCACGCUGUGGAGGCGGUGGGGCUCGCAUGGGCGGCGGGAAGCGCUGUGGGGGUGGCGGGGCUUGGGGCCGCGGUGGUGGCCUUGGAAGGUAAGGGUUCGGAGGGAAGUAGGGGAAGCCCAGUCCUGGAGGGCCAGGGUUGAACGCCAUUGUUUUGUGCUCCGAGCUAGAGAAACUGUGCUGCUGCUGCUGUAGUGCGCUGAGCUGAGUGAGUUGUGGUGGCGAUCAUGUGCACAUAUUUAUACAUAUACAAAGCCUAUAUGGCUGCUUGGAGGGAAGGGCGUGAAGAUUUGAUUUGAGCUGCAA